AUGACGUCGUCUCAUGAACCGAUACACAGCGGUCAUUUUAUGACAUCAAAUCCGCACAAUGACGAGUUGGCACCCGACGAAGAAGAUGAGGAUGUUGAGGUUGAUGUUGUUGACGAUGAAGAGGAUAGGCUUGCAGCAGAGGAUGGGGUUGAGGAUCGAAGGGCGCUGAAAAAUCAGGAUGAAAAACCGGUAACCUUCUAUAAAUUUGGCCCGAAGAAGACGCAGUCGAUUGCCAUUGAUGUAUCACUGAACAAACUCAACAAAUGCAUCAAAGUGGCUUAUAAUAAAAUGACUACUCCAAAAUGGAAGGAUUUUAAAGGACUUCGAUUGGAUUGGAAACAAAGAAUACGUCUCAAUAAUGUGAUCUGGCGAGCGUAUUAUAUGGAAUUUCGUAAACCCGAUAAAAACAAGGCCAAAAAGACGCCGUAUUGCUACUUUGCUGUGCCAGACGAUGACACGACCCACACAAAAAUUGAGGUGGUUGAUCUUAUUUUUCUUUUUGUGCCUGACAACUUGGCAGAACUGUAUUCAUCUUAUCGUUUCGCCAGAAAGUAUCCGAACCCGUGUGCUCUUUUAUGUGCGGACUGCACAUACUUAGGUAGCGUCAUGGAGGGAAUGUACUGGAAGCGCAAAAUGGAGGCCGUUUGCGCUCAGUACAAACGUUGGAGGUAUUUCACGAAGAUUCGUAAACGAGAACGGAAACGCGGCAAUAGCUGUAGUGGGGAAAUAGGUGGUGUACCAAAAAUACCACCCCGAAGUCAAACACCAAAGAACACAUCGAGCGAGUAUUUCGAUAUUGAUGAUUACGAUAACGAGUUUACGGACACCCUUUUCGAUAGUCUCUCACAACCGUAUAUGUUCCCGAAUCCAAAAGAAAUGGGUAUGUUGUUUUAA